AAAUCCAAGUUUUUUUAUGUUACUAAUUAACAUGUAAUAAAAGAUAAUUUGCUUUUAUUUUUUUUGUUGAUCGUAAAAACGUUUUUUUUGAUUAUUUUUAGUUGCAUAUUAUUCUUGAAUUAUUAACUGUAAUACUUUUUAAGUUCAUCCAUUAUGCCUUGUAAGGAUGUCCACUUUGUUUUUUUUAAAUGGGACACAUAUUUUGAAUUAAUAUAAUGUAUCAUAAUUUAAAUUUAUCUAUAAACAUGGCAAGUGAAUAUGAUCCAGCAUUUUGUCCAAAUGGAUGCGGUCGUUCAUACAAAGGGGCCGAUCGAAAACACAAUCUGAAGAAACAUAUGAUGUACGCCUGUGGUGUUAAACCAAAGUUCGUGUGUGAUAUAAAUGGAGUCUUGAAUUUACUUAAUAUUGCCAGUCGAAAUGAUCCUGCAUUUUGUCCAAAAGGCUGUGGCCAUUCUUACAAAGGAAAUGAUCGGAAACGCAACCUUAAAAAACACAUAAUUUAUGCUUGUGGAGUCAGUCCUAAAUUUGAUUGUAUAUUUUGUUCUAAAAAGUUCUUCCGGAAACACACUUUAAAAUGUCAUCUAUUAACUAUCCAUAGACAUAUUCUUAAAUAAAAUUGUAAAAAAUAACAAAUCUAUUAAUAAUUAUUAAAUAUUUCUUUCGAACUUUAAUAUUCAAAGUUGUAAUAAACAUUUCCAUGUGUUUAUAAAUUUUAUAAAAUUUAAUUGUUAAAAAUGUAUUAAUUAUUUUUUUUUAAUAAAAAUCAUCAAAAAGAAAAUGAUUAAACAUUUAAUAUAACUGUUCUAAGACAAUUAUUUCAAUUUUGAGCAAUUUCCUAAUGUUUAUUUAAUAACUAUUAAAUACAUUUUAAACUCCUAUAGUAGUUUAAAAUUGGAAAAUAUAUUAUUUGAGUAGCACUGUAGCAGCGACAUAACCUGUUUUAUUAGACUAAAAUCUGAUUUUCCAUGCAUCCAUUUCUUUUCUCCUGGUAUAAUUUUUUUUUGCUUACAGUACAUUCCUAUUUAACGUUAUUAUUUUUUUGAAACAAAUUCUGUUGAAAAAUUACAUUUGUAAACAUAGUCUUUUUAAGAAUUAAAAUUAAAUAUAAUGUGGUCAAAUUACGGCAUAAUUAUGAAAUGUUGUGUAUUGAUUACAACGAACUAUAACUUAAAACAUAACUAAUUAACACAAAGUAGAAUUUUUUAUUUAAUAUUUUUUCUCUACGUCAUUAUAAUGUAGAUAACUAAUUAAAAUUUAACUUUUCUUUUCCAUAAUAUUACUUUUUUAAGUUUCUAUGUAAGCUUUCAUUAUUAAUCGAGAUAUAUAUUUUCAGAUUUAUCUUAUAAAUGGUUAAGCCAACUAGAUGCCAUUACUCAAUCAAAUCCAUGUUCUUGUCCCAACAAUUGUGGUAAAAUGUAUAAAGGACAAUUUAGAAAACCUCAUUUAAGACAACACUUGGUCUACGAAUGUCGUAUUGGAGUAACGCCUAAAUUUCAAUGUGAUAUUUGCUUAAAACGUUUUUCUAGAAGAACAAACUUAAAAUGUCAUUUAAUAAGUCGUCAUAACAUUAUAUUAUAAAACUAUUCUAUUUAUAGGGAAAUAUUACUUUUACUCAUAAUAUACAUUUUUAUAUAAAUAACAAAUUACUUAUAUAAGUAAUUUGUACACAAUUAUAUACAAUAUUGUAUAUGUACAAUAAAGCUUGUAAAUAUUUUAUUGUUACUAAAUUCUCAGUUUCAUUUUUUUUUCCCAAAAAAAAAUAUUUAAAAAAACUUAUGAAUGAUAUUUAUUUAUAAAUUCUUGAA